GAAUAGUCAAACUCUAAUUUCAAAUGUCAGCAACCACCACGAAGCUACACGAGUCCAAGAUUUCGGUUCUGUCUUCGCCUCUAUAAUCCGAUGAGGACUUCAAUUUUGAUUGGAUUUAUUAUGAGAAGACCCCCGCUUGACUCCGAAACCGGCCGCUUAUAAAACCCACCCACCACUCCACACAUGCUGCAGAACUUAUUCACUCAUUCAAACACAAAUCCAGUUUCUGAAUGGCUCGCAGAAGCUCAUGUUCUACUCUCCGGCCACCGGCGGCGAAAGAAAAGCAACGCCGAGAUAGGAUGAAGGACCUCUUCUCCACUCUUGCAUCUCUCCUUCAUCUUCAACCUUAUGAGAGGAUGUCAUUGCCGGAUUUUUUGGAUCGAGCAACGAGUUCACUGGUGAACUGGAAAGAAAGGGUGGAAGGAUUGAAGGUUAGGAAAGAAGAGUUAGAAAAGGAGGUUGGAAGCAGAAGCAACAGAUCAAACACCAUGCAGCAGCAGCAGCAGGUGGUUCGAGUGAUGGAAAUGGAUUUUAAACUGGAAGCCAACUUGAUCAUAAACAACAAUAACAAGAAAGUUGAACCUUACCAGAUUUUGAGUGUUAUAGAACAAGGUGGUGCUGAAAUCACCAGCUCCAGUUUCUCUACUGUUGGUCACCAAACCUACUGCACCAUUCAUGCUAAGGCUUUUCAAGCUCGAUUAGGGUUCGAUGUUGCCCUAAUAGAAUCAAAAUUGUUGGAACUGGUUUGCUAGAAGCAAAAUUGAGCAAACAAAUCUACUUAAUUUGACGUAAAAUUGAUAUAUACCAUGAAAGGACAUUGCUUUCAAGUGGGAGUUAAUUAUAUAUGUAUGGUUCAAUUGUGUAGGGUUUUGGAAACCCAGUAGUGUACGUUAGAUGUUGCACAAUCGACAAUUCAGAGACAUAUAGGGUCGGGUCUCACUAAAAAUAUCGAAAAGAGAAUCUUAAAUAUUGUAAUACCCGUUAGAAUAUGUACUUUUUUAAACUCCGUUUAAUAUUAAAACUUC